AUCAAUAAUAAUAUCAGUUGUGGUUUGUGUUCUAUUGUUCUGUGUUGGCAGCAAAUGAAUCUCGCGUUCGAGUUCGAGCAUCUGCACCAACACCAUUCCCACAACCGUUGGAUGAAUCUUAUUCUUCAGAUCUAAAAAAAGUAAAAAGAACACCACCACCACCACACCACUGCCGCCGCCGCCUCCUUAUAUUCCAAACUUUGACUAUUUUAUGUUGGCUCAAACAUGGCCAGCAGGAUUUUGCAAGAUUAAUACUUGUGUCAGUCCUAUUCCAACACCAAUAAAAUUCAAAAUUCAUGGCCUAUGGCCGAACAACAUAACCGGUUCGCAACCAAGAGAUUGUCUCGGCCCAGGAGGCGCUCCAAUUCCACCAGCAAUUAAUGAUCUUGAUAAUACUAUACUGCCUAGGCUUAAUAGUAAUUGGCCGGGGUUAAAACAGAUUGAUCAGCAAAUACGUUUUAAUAACAUAAGAUUUUGGGAACAUGAAUGGAAAGCACAUGGAACUUGCUCUUACCCAUUGUUUACAUUUCGUGAAUACUUUGAGACGGGGUUAAAUCUUUAUGCUAAACAUGACCUCAUGGCUAUUCUUGCCAGGGAGGGUAUUAAACCUGGAAAACUUGUGUCUAAAGUUGAUAUUGUCAAUGCAAUAUACAAACAUAUCAAAAUUGUAAUGCUCAAUACAUCAAUUGUGCUAUUGGCCAAGU